AUGUUGGCUAAGCUUUUCUUUUUCUUGGCUGUUUGUGAGUUUAAUUUCCAAUUUUUUCUAACCUAUUAAAAAUUCUAAAAACAUUUUUCAGCUCAGAGAGAAAAACACAAAAGAUUAAAUAUAACAUUAACGUGAGCUAUUGUUAAGAUCUGAUUUCCGCUUUUUGACCUUAGUACUCGGAAAGAGGGUGAGGGAUUAGAAUACAUUAUUUUAUCACCUCCCAACAACUGCGGCGAGUGUUUUCUUUCUUGAAAGGUUUCUCUUCCGCAGAUGAUGUGUGUUGCACGAAAAUUAAUCUUUACGAGGCUUGGAAAGGAUCCAGAAGGAAAAAUAAAAGGAAAAGACUGCGAUCGCACGAACCAACUUGUGAAAGCAAUAUUUGUCAAAGGUUUCCAAUCAUUAUGACUUUUUGUGGUGCCUGAACUUUUUAAGCCCACAUCUACGAAGAAAAAUUGCACCUUACGACACAGAGUUUAGAGUUUGGUAAAAAGUGUCAGAAUUAUUCUAAAUGGUAUUUACAUUCCUUGUCAUUUGACAAGUGGAUAACAUCAUUUAUCUUUGAUAAACGUAGAAAUUACGAAAAAUCAGAAGCCACUAAAAAAACUGCGUUAUGGCUUCUACCCUACCUUUUUUUGAAGAAAAAGCGCAAUCUUCAUGCUAAUUCGUUUUUUGAAAAUCUUAAUUUCUUCGAACUUUGAAAGGCUUCAAUUGUGCUCUGUUGCAAGUUCAAAACACUGAAAAAAAGGCGAAUUUCAGGUCGUUUGGCUUCGGCCGACACUUGCCUUCAUUGCAUUUGCCUGCACGAGUCUGGAUGCAAGCCAAUCGGCUGCGAAAUGGACCUUGGCUCGUUAAGCUGCGGCUACUACCAGGUUGAUAACAAUAAUCUCAACUGACUCAUUAGAAACCCUACUAAGAACCAAACAAUCAGGAAAACAGCAAGUAUACGCAAUCGUCUUUUUCCUAAAUGAUCUACGACGUAAGCACGAAAGUGAGCAGAGGAUAAGCAAUCAGUCAAGGGAAUACCAUAUACCGAAGCUUUGAAUGGAUGAAAGAUCUUUCUCAUAGAAAAGGCCAUUUACGACGUGUUUGCGAGUUUUCUGAACUUGAGCCAAAACACUUUAUGAAGUUGUAUGUUAAUAUCCUCAAAUUCAUCUUUCGCGUAACUUCCUUCUUUCACAAAAUGAUUUUUUCAUACGUGUUUCCUUGGACCUGUGUUAUUGGUUAGAGAACUCUUCUCAACGUAGAAACUACGUGAGAAAGAUUUCUUGUAUCAAACUGAAAACCUGGGUAGAAGGAGACGUUUUUGCCAACUUAAACAUAAAAAAAAAUCGACAAGAUUUUUUUACUUCGGAUUUUUUGUUAUUUUGUAACUAGUUGGAAAAUAUGGUAGCAGGUGGAAAAACUUAAUAAAUCUCAUUCGAAAAAUAUCUUAAACCGCCGAAAUUCGACUCACUUACCAUCGACUCUCAAAUAUCAUUUUUCUAAUAUCAUAUUCGAUUAUUAAACAUUUUGCAAGCUUGUUUCAUGGGGUACACUCUAAAUAAACGUAAAUUGAGAAUUUAUACAAUUAAGCCGCGCUACAGAGGCUACAAGAUGAACUGAUCUUUGUGCAACCAUGCAAUUUCAAGCCGAGCGAAAAGCGAAAAAAGUCAACUGGAAAACAAUGAUACAGGAGUGUAACGAACUGGUGUUGAUCUUUUGCGUCGACAGUUCCAUCAACAAUGAUUCAUUGAAAGGGCAAACGGAAACUACACCAGUAGGAAAUGCAAACGAAGCAUCUGAAAAUCCCUAAUUUUUCGUGAGCAAGCAAAACUGGGCGUAGUUUGAAGCGUUGCCAACAAGACUAUCGUAUGCCCAUCACGCCAAUGGCAGCGUGUGAAUCUUUGUUUUUGAAUGAAAUCUUCGACUUGCUCAUCCAUAACAAACACUGAACUAUGAACUCAACGGCAGGGAAGCUAGAUUUUUAAAAUCUUUUUCUUAUUUCUUUAUUCUUUCUAAAACAAAAAAAGGUUGAAGGUCAUUAGAUGUGGAAAAAAUACCGGCAUGUACUUCUGGAUUUCACAAAAAAAGAAGCAAAAUAUCUCGAACUUUUGAUUUAUUCCCAAAAAAACAAAACAUAAGGUGGCUAUGCGAAAACUUUCUUUCCAAGCUACGAACCAUUACGUGAGUUCCUCGAGUUGCAAAAAAUUUCCAAAAAUGUCUUUUCUCACACUUUUCUGUGAUGUAAACGGAAAGUACAUUAAAUAAAAUUGGAAUUGUUGUGAGAAAUCGCAUGAGUUCAUUAUGAUCCCUAUGAGCGCUUAAGGUCUUGAAAUAAGGCUUGUAUUGAAUUCAUGAUUUUGAAAUUUUCAGAAUUUUGUUGCCAAACUUUCACAAGUAUAAAAAACGAAAGCACGACAAGUUCUCGUCUGGCUACAGUUAACUUCUCUAUCACAUCUAAAAAAAUAUUCCAAAAAAAGUGAAACUUUUUAUCAUCUGAAUAAUUAGUUCGGAAUAAGGUUAGGUCAAGUUUUGAGAAAUUCAUUGAAAUUUUUUUGAUAUUUUUCCUGCUAGAUUCUAUCUUAAAAAAACAGGUGAAAAAAAUUCGUUUGUAACCUUUAAGAAAUAAAAAAACUUCAAGUUCAAGAAUUUUUCCGGGUCGAAAAAUCAUUGCCAAGCUUGAUGCUUUGCCUAAUCCUCAAAAAGAUUUUUUCACUUUUAUUUUUGAAGAAGCUUUUUUUUCACAGCGUAAUGUUGGAAUUGUAAUAAAGGUUUUUUCUUCAUUUGAUCUUUGUCUGAGGAAUCGAAAAAAAAAGUUGCAAAAUUUCCUUCUUAUAGAUUAAACUGCCGUAUUACGAAGAUUGCGGGCAACCGGGCAAAAACGCGGGAGAAUCGACUGAAGACGCCUGGAAACGAUGCUCCGACGACCUCAACUGUUCUACCAACUGCGUUAACGUCUGGUUUUAUCUUACUUCAAACGAAAACAACUCAAGGACCUCCGGAAGCUAAAAUUGAAUCAAUCGCAUGAUACAAGCAGCAGCUUGACUUAUACAAAUCCCAUGAUAAGAUGAAGAAAGUGUAGUUCUUAGAGCAGUUUCAUGUUCCAAAAACAAAUAAAAAACUAACAAGUACAAAAGCUACUCUUUCAAAAAAAAAAACUUGACAAUAUUUUAAAAAUGAGACAAAUUGCCGGUUUCCGAAAAGAAAAAAAAAACACCCUCUACCGCAUGAGAAGAAAACCUCGAAUUAUGUAUAUUUUUGAUUAUAAACUUGGUUAUAAUGGUAAGUUAGCACCUUAUAAUUAACGUGACCUUUCCAAAAGUGAGAACACUGUAACAGAAAAACACUAAAAAGUAUAUUUUUAAAAAAAUUAUGAAAGUAUAAGUUUUUCAGGCCUAUUACAAUCGCUACAAGGCUGGCUGUGCCUCAACUGGAGAAGGACAGUGUCAAGUGAUAUAUAAAUGAUUGAACUGCGAAAAAAUUAUCAUUUAAGGUAAUGGCCAGAAAUCACAACGGAGGACCAUCUGGCUGCAAAAAAAUGGAGGAACUGUUGGCUACUGGAACGUUGUUCAAAGCUGUUGUGGAUGCUCUUAAACUUUCCUUUCUUUUUAAAAAAAAAAGUGCUGAUAUUUUUAUUUUUUGUGCUUUUUUUCGUAGUCAAAGUUGAUAAAGUUGUGAUAAGAUAAAAAAAAAUCCGAUUGAUACACCUCAAUGAAAUCCUGAAUAAAAAACUGCAUAUAGAUAGAGGUGGAAAAAAACCUGUUUGAACCAAAGGCUCAUGGUUAUAUAUGGAAUGUCUCGACGCACUGCUUUGCUGACAAUUUUGAUUUUCGCGCUUGACCAAAAGCUACUUGUGAGCCAUGUGAAAGUUUGAACAAAGAUCAAUAAAGUUGUAGGUUCAUUUCAAUGGCAAAUACGUUUGAAGGCAGAGUGUAAAAAUUAAACAAAAAAAUUUUUUUAAGAUAUUCGAAAGCUCCUGGCAGAUUUUAAUCAACUAUUUCUAUUCUUUUUAAUGAAUGUUUCAAAAAAAGAUUUCGAAAAGAAGGGCGGAGAUUUUAACCUCCCAAACAACAAAACGUCAAUUGAAAGCAGGAAAACUUCACAAAAAAAUACAUAAUGAGUGAACCACUAUUUGUUAAAAAAAGAGUUUUUUUGUACUGAGCAGAUAUGAGAAAAAAAUGGGUGGGCUACCAUGAUGAAAUUUGAAUUAUAUUAUAAUUAUGAAAUGUGAGAAAAAAAGUCAAAUUUAGCAACAAUUCGAGCGCGCCAGCCAAGUAAUUAAAUGAGAUUAAACUUCAAUGAAAUGAUGUUUAUUGUCGAAUCUUCGUCUGUCAACUCUUCUUGGCCGCUGUUCAAUUUUCUAAAUGAGGAGAGAGUUGGAAUAAUGGUUUUUGAGCUCGAAUCAAAAAUUGUUCCCGGAUAAAUGAAAUCUCGAAAAUAAACGAGAAUGGGAUGUUCCCUCAAUGAUUAGGAGUUCAAAAAAGUCUGAUCCGUGGAACGCCACGUGCAGGGAACACGCCGAGGCUGUAGAUAAGCUGUAGUCAGUGGGAUUUCAUUCAUCAUAUCAAAUCAUAUAUCUAUUUUUUUCAUCGUUAAUCAAAAAUCGUUGCUGGAUUUGCUCUAUUUGGAGUAUUUUAUGGGUCUGAUUGGAGAACUUUUUCUAUUCCCUGUUAAACGUUAUCUGAAAUCUUCCUGAAGUGCAUUUUAGCGCUUUCAGAUUUUAAAAUAAAAAAUUUGCACUAGAAAUUCUUUCUGAGUUAAGAAGCUUCAAACGCUUGAAAAAGUUUUUCGUUUUUUCAAUAUGCGUAUUCUGCAAGUUUUGAAGCUUAAUAAAUUGGAAAGAAGCUCUAUUGAAAGAGUUUUUUUUUGGUUCUGAAGUCAGGAAGUUCUAGAUUGAAUUUCAACAAGUUUAAUCAGGUGUUAAACCGGAAGCCAAAAGACGUUCCUUGGUAAACAUGAGUUAAACCCAAUCAUUCGAAAAGUUUCCUUAAUGCUUUGCGUAUUUUUUGUAUUUUUUCAAAUAUUAUCUAUUGAUUGAUGCAUUUAUUGUAGAAAAUUAUACAAAAAGGAAAUAAAUGGUUUCUUAGAUAACAAUAAUUAUCAAUAAAAACCUUACCCGACAUCAAUCACCUUGGAUGUAUGUACUAAAAAAGUUCGAGGUUCCAGGUCGCAGCCAAAAAAAAAGAUCCGGAAUUUUUGAAACACAAAUGGAAAAAAUGACAUCAUGGAGAAAUUUUGGCAACAUUCUCAUCACAGAAUUACAAAAGAUGUCGGGAAAUUUUAAAAUGCGGACGUUAUACAUCACUAAUGGCGUUGCUAUUUUCUUUCAGAUGUUCCCAAGACUCUUUCCGGAAGUACUGAAAACAAAAAAACACGUUUUGAUGAAGACUAUUUUGACUGCAACCCUUUGAAAAUCAGGGAUCGUACGACUUUUGUUCUGAUUUUUUCUGAUUUCAUGCUCUAUUAGCAGUUUAAGAAAUUACUCUAAAAUCCGUUUUUCACCACAGAGCUACGAUUUAGUGGAUCCAAUAAUAAUUUUUUGUUUGAAAUUAAUUCACUUACCAUUUUUGAAAUUAGAAACACUACGAAUCUUACGAAACUGAAAAAAGCGCUUCUAAAAAAUGUUGACGUGGAAAAAAAAUCAAAUUACCGUACACUUACUAGAAAUCACAAAUACUUCUAUUAGCGUGCAAUUAUUUCCUAAUAGCUAUGUUCGAGCCAAAUCCUAUUUUUAUGGAAUGACGAUUUGGACUGUGGAAACUAAUAUGAUGUAUGAGUAGGGACCGCAAAGCCACGCCCCUUUUCGCGAUAGAAAAAGUGGCUUUUUUUUGGUUUUCAACUUUCCUUUUGCUGUAGUUGCAAAAUAUGUGGAACUGGCUAAUAAAAUUUGGCACACAUUUACAGAAAAGCUUCCUCUUUCGUUUAAAAAAUAUUUCACGCUUUUUUGAUGCGUUCGCGCGGAAUGUCGUACAAAAACGUGAAUGGAACUAAAAAAUUUUGUCGUUUUUUGCUUUUUCAUGUGUUUUCAGGUCGAACGCACUCUUUCUUUUUAUAUAAUGAUUUUUGAUUCAAGUAACGGUAAUUUUAAAACAAUAAAAUAAAAAAAUUCGUCUUUGCCAAAAAAAUUUUAGGGAGUGCUGAAAGUCAUAAUUCAAAAUAUCGUUAAUAAGCGAAUAUAAUCGAGUUUUUUUGUUUUUUUCAAAAAUUUAGACCAUGGGCUUACGUAAAAUUUUUUUCUCCACAGAAUAUGUGCUUGAAAAAAAGUUGUUUAAUACGCAAAAAAAUGCUCUUGAAACUAGAGAAUAAAAUUAGCGGCGUUUAUCACAAAGAAAGCGGUCGAACGCAGGUUUUUUUAAACGAUUAUAUACAUUUAUUAGUAAAAAAAUCUUUCAAUUAAAAAGAAUAAAAUAAAAAAAUUCGUCUUUGCCAAAAAAAUUUACAGGGGCCGUUUUAAUGCAGUGAUCGUUAAACGAGGCAAAAAGCACUAAAAAAACAGUUUUUUUCGAAGUGAAUUUCCACGAAAAGUUUGAGUAAAGAUUUGCGAACAUAUUCUGAUAAAAAAAUAGCUUAAUUACUUCAAGUUUUUUUGAAAUAGGCAAUCUGUGCUAUUCAAGCGGCUCAAAGGGUAUGGGGGAUGGAAACUCCCUUCGCUAGACCUAACAGCUUGGCGCAGCGCGUGCGCUGCGAUUUUUCAUUUUGAGGUCGCGAGUUCAAUGCCCGCAAGCGCCAGUUUUUUGUUUUCUGGAAAAUACCGACUUUUUCGGCAAACUAGCUGAUGAGCAUCAUUUUAGCACUCUAUUAUGAUUUGUUACAUCAUAAUAGACCAGUAUCAAAACUUGUUCUAGAAAAAAAAUCGAGAAAAAUGUCAAAAAUGGAUAAUACCAAAAUUUCAGUACUAAAAAAAUGGCGCGCGGCGCGCCACAUUUUUCGUCAUAACUUUUUUCAUCCUCAAUCUUUUUCGAAAAACUAAACGGUUCUGAGUUUUGAAUCGAAACAGCUAUCAAACCAUACAAAGCUCAAUGCUGAAAAAAUUUUUUUGAAAAUUCGUCUGCGGUCCCUAUGUAUGAGGCGAAAAACUGAGAAGCUGAAAAAUAGGCCUUUUUUACUGAGAAAUUUUCGAAGGCGAAAAUUUGGGGAAAAAAAUAAGCCGUGGCCUAUAUCAAUUUAUUUGUUUUGAGCACUGAACUGUGCAAAUUUUUAAGAUGGAGAAAAUUUGGAGCCUAAUUAAAAUUCGAAAAAGCAUGUUAAUUGAAAACUUUGAAGUUGAAAAGCGUUUUCUGAAUCAUGAUAUUUCUUCAACAUUCUCUAACAUUUUAUAAAUUUCGGAAAAAAAAAUUUUCACGGCUGAAAAAAUUUGAGAAGUUCUAGUUUUUUUAGAUGGAUUAGAGUCAAAUGCAUAAAUCGAAUAAUAAAAUUGACAAUCUUUUGAAAGUGACGCAGUAUAGUCCUAAAUAAUUCUGUCAAUUGAAAAAAACAUCGCAAAAAGAUCAAUAAAAAAAUUUACUAAAACUGAAUAUUUAUUGAUUUCGCAAUAUGACCUCAAAAUAAUUAUCGGUACUUCAAGAACAAUUGUCUUUUUCAUCACUCAAGUGGUCACUCGGAGUGUUUCGUCUUCAAAGUACCGAUUAUCGCACUAUCGCGAACUUUGAAUUUAUACUUUUCCAACUGGAACCUGUCAAAAACUGCUUAGACAAUCAGAUUUCUUCAUAGUGGUCAGCGUUAUCGCUGUCUGAUUGACAGCUCUGGCCGAAAAAACUGAUCAUCCCGUUAAAAAACCAUUACUCGAUGCACAGUUAUUGAUUAUAGUCCCUUACAAGACGUUUUCUGCGGUUGUUUUUUUCAAAAAAAGUGUAUUUUCAUUAGAAAGUUGUUUUUUUAAAUGCAUGCAUUUCUGAACUCUCCUCGUUUUCUUAUCCGAAAUUGACGUCUUUUAAACCUCUAGAACGUUUUUGAACAGACUAAAAUUGGUUUCAGAGGUUCUAGCUGAUGUGACAUAUUUACCGUGCCACGCUUGGGUAUAAUCAUCAAGUUGACGAUCUUAAUCCCUCGGAUUGCAACCUGUCAACGACUGCCGAAAGAACUGUCAGAACACGGGGGCCGCCUGUGUUUGCUCAUCGGCGUCUAUUCGUUUUGGUCUUAACCCAUUAUUCCGACACCUUCCUCUUUUCUGUCGAUUCCAGGUAAGAGUUUCCUCAUCUAAUUAGUGUUUUAUCUUUUUUUAAGUCUUGGAAUUUUUCAUGAGUACUUCAUUUUUUUGAUGAAAAAAAUUCUGCAGAGAAAAUGAAUCAUUAAUGUUUUUGUUAUGAUAUAAUUUAAUCAGAAGAUUCUUAAACUUUAAAUUUUUUUCUAUUUCCAGAGCAAUCGACUAUUUUUCAAUAAGCAGAAAAAAAUAAGAUUAAAAAAAAUUCCAGCAAAUAAAUUGAGGUAGAAUCGAAACAGAUAUCCAGACCGAUAGACUUUCAAUUAUGUAUGAAUAUUUUUUUGUCUUCAACAGAUUCCCUAAAUUGAGCUGAAAAAAAUUAUUCACCUGAGAAAAAAAGUUCAUUAAAAAGGUUGUCAUUAUAAACAAAAAAAUUAAAAAGCAUGUGAAUAAGGAAAAAAAGGCUCUGUUUAUAUUUUUCAUCAAAAAGUCUUCGAACUUUCCUUAAGUUUUUACUACAAGGCAAUAUGUUCUUUACGAACAGCUGCUCAAAAAGUACGAAAAAAAGGGAAUGCCAACAUUAUCUACUAUUUUUGAACUUUGAGAAAAAGAAUUUAUGAAAGAAAAAAUUAUGUAUAUCAUUCAAAAUUCAUCCCUGCUGAGAAAAAGAGAAACUUCAGGAAUGUUUUCGGAUUUUAUUAAUCAGUUAAAAAAAUGGUUUCUAUCUAAUACAGUUUUUCAAACGACCACAGUAUAUAAUCCAUCAAAAUUACAGUAUACGAAAUGGAGCAGCUACUCUCAAAUUUGGAAACGUUGUGCAAACGUGAUUUAUCUCAUUCUAGUCAAAUAUAGUGAGUUUGGAUUGUUCAAAAAAAAUUCUCGCGACUUGUAAGAGCUUGAAAUUUUCUAAGAUGGGCAAAAAGGAUUUUUUUCUGUUGAAACAAAUAACUUUUCAGUGAUCAGUUUUGUGUCAAUCCAUUUCGAGAAGUAGUCAACGCAGUUCUACUAGAACGAAAGGCUACUCUGCGUGAGUUAGAAGUUGCCCCCUCACAUUGAAAAUCAAAUAGGUUUGCAGGUAACAACUUGGAUUUGACAGCCUAUCAACGAGAAGAAACAACAACGCAUGUGAUUGAAAACAUAUUGGUUAGCACAUUUUGUGACUCAAAGUUAUAAAAUCAGAUGAGUUUUGGGAGUGGACAAAGACAUUUUUUUUUCCAACGUCUCCUGUCCAUUUAGAGCUUUCCACUUUGUUACAAAAGCCGGGUAUGAAUCCGUCUAAGUGUUCGAUUAUUCCGAGGAUAAGCCACCGUAGUCCUUUUUUAGGCUUUUGAAGUUUUCGAAAUGUCUUUUCAGCAGGAACUGAUGAACCCUACAUCUCCUCUUCCGGAAACCGAAGAGAAAGAUGAAGAGUGGCUCGUCUUGGAGAAAAACUACUUCGAUGAAGUCGAGAAAUUGAAGCACACAAUGAUGAAAAAAGAAACAGCAUUGACCGAGGUAACCUAUUCGAUCAUUAGGAGAAGUGAGGUAAUUGGAUUAUCUGUUGGAAAAGCGCGUGAACAUGAUGAUUUUCGAAAAAAAAGUUUCAGACUUUAUGAUGAUUAAAAAUGAUAAAUUUUCAGGGAUUCCGGAAAGCGAAUGAGGCGAUGAGUGAGACUUUGCGAACUCAGAAAAGACUUCGACCAAUCGAUCAUCAGGUUAGAUUAUCAAUAAGAAUAAUAUAACUGAUUCGUGAGUGACAACUCAAAAGAACGAGGUCUCACAGUUUAGGAUAAUUUAACCGAAAAAUGGCUGGUCAUAAAAACUUUUGUGUGUUUCCAGGAUAUGCUCAAUGCAGAAGCCAGUGUUCAACAGCGUUUCACAGAUGCUUGUAACAUCCUUAGAGACGAAAUCGCCAGUAAACUUCUGGUUCUGAGGAGAGAUACAGAACAGGCGGGGUACUUAUUUUAUUGUUAUAUGAAAAAAAAAGCUAAAAAACGUGUUUUUCCUGAAUUUUACUGGAAUAUUAUGAUUUUUGAAGAUUGGAAAACUGACGUCAAAUCGUUCUAUUUUUGUUUCUUAUUUCGGAAGCGAUUAUACUCUUAAACAGGGAAUUAUGAGAGAUUAAUAAUGAAAUCGCACCACCGAAACUUGUAGCCGAUUAUAUGCUUGACGCGCUAUUUUCCUACCAAUCCCCCUUGAUUUUUUGAUUUUCUGCUUUUGUGAAAACAUCUUCAUGUACAAAUUUUACAGAUUGUACAAGUUUGAGCCUUUGAAAAAUAAAAAAAGUACUUAACAAUAAUCUCAGAAAAUAAUCGUAAUAUUUAUCAGCUCUUCCAUUUUUUUGAUUUGAGAUUAGGUAGGGCGUGGUAUAAAGUCUCCUCAGUUCAAAGCCAUUUUUAUUACUCGAAAACUAUUUUUUCAAUCAUUUUUCAAAAUUUGAAAACAGUCAAAAUCAUUUAACAUUGAAAAUAUCGAAUCCAAUUCUCCUUUUUUUUUUCAAUAUUGAUGACUUUUGAAUCACCUCAAACCUAAUAAUUUUCCAAGCCCUCUUGGCCUCAGUAAUGAAUGGAAAUCGUUGAAGCCGGAAAAGACGGAAUUUCGACAAACGGACGACAGACAUCCUGCAAUCCUGGUUUCACGAACACCUCGACAGACCAUAUCCCAACGACGAAGAGAAGACAAAACUUGCCAAACAAUGCGGGAUCAAGGUAUCACAGGUGCGACUUCAUUCACAUCGGGGUCACCAGAUUAUUUUUGGAUAUAUCUUUUGUGAUAGUGUCUUUUUAAUCUUUCGACGAUGAUUAUGACGCCCGCGAUUCCCUACUUCCUUUGUAAGAAUAGAAAUUAUAUUCAAGUUUAUCCCGGUCGCCCACUUAUUUUCAUCGGAUUUGGUCCAUUUAUUACAGCAUUUUGAACUAGAUCUGACUUCAUCCAAAAUAUGAUUAGUAAAGGCAUGUAUAAACUGUGAACUUGAUCCAUGAGAUGAGUCUAUUCCGAGAUCGCGAUAUUUCGUAGGAAAAUCGGGCGAACAAUAAGGAUUUUCAAACAAGUGAUUUGACGCAUGCAAAGAGUGAAACAUUAGCUUGAAAUUGAAAAUUUCAAAUUCAUAUGGAUUUUUCGAAAAAUCUCAGGUGAACAAUUGGUUUGGUAAUCAGCGGAUCCGCAACAAACAUCAAGGAAAAAAAUCAAGUGAUGACCUCAGUGACCAACCGGGUUUUCCUAAAGGUUCGUUCUUUCGAAAAAAAAAUAUUCAGCGAGCCUUCUUUGAUUCCAGUUUUCAAUAAAGUUUCAAAGUAAUUUUUUUGUAUUUCAGAAGUUGAGUUCUUCCCAGCAAUGAGCGAGGCCGAAGAAGGAUAUUCUCAGCAGUCACAGGUCAGUGAAGAAACUAUUUUUCCUUUUCAAAAGGCAAAUUACUUUUUUUCCGGUUAAUUUCAAAAUCAUCUUUUUGAAAAAAAUAUUUCACUCACGAAUUUAUACUUUUAACUUAACUUGAACCGUUUUCAGAAAUUUUCUCAAUCUCAAUCUUCUACAUUCGACAACCCGACAACUUCCAGCGACACGAUCUUCGCAGCUUUCAACGACGCCAUCAAUUACGUGAACAAUUGA